CCAUUCCAGUCAUGGGGAAAAAAAAAUCCUCUCCCAAAAUAAUCUACAAAAAUACUUUAUUAUAAAAAAAUUGCUAAUAUAGAAGUUUAAUAUUUUUAUCUUAUAGUCAUUAAAAAUAUUUUGUACAAAUGAUUUUUACGUAAUAAAUUACUAACUAUAUCAGAAAAGUGCAACGCAUUUUGAUUCCGGCUCUUCCUGGGACUACUAGUUCAGAAGUGUUCUUCGAUAACAAACGUCCCAUCAUUUUUUGAUGUAUUUCACUUGAUAUUUUUAAGAAUUAAGAAUAUAAGGUUAUAACGAUUAUUUCAACGUAGAUGUAUUUUAUUAAUUCAACACAAUGAAAAAGACGUACUAUAUUGCUUUUUUUUUUAGUCAGGCGAUAUUUAUGACUACUACUCGUUCAAUCGGGGUCCUUUGGUGUUCCCACAGCAUGCUAGCUUUUCACUCAUUGUAAUAUUAAAACGUGACAUAAUUUGACACUUCAGACUCCCGUACAAGCUCUUAAUCCACACUUUUAGUCCGUUUCGUGACUAAAACUCCACAAAGUAGUUACUACGUCGCAAACAUGUUGAACUCCGGCCGCCGUGCCCUUCAAGAGCUGCUCUGCCAAAUGACGAGCAGGAGUUUCUCCGUGACUCCAGUCCAGAGCACUGUGGUGGUGGAGCGCUGGUGGCAGGUGCCCCUGUCCAAGUUGGGCCGCCCCCCGCGGUUGUACACCCGCCGGCACCGCAUCUACAAGUUGGUGGAAGACACCAAACACGCCCCCCAGGAAAAGAUGGAGCUCAUCCUCACACAGACCGUCCCCAAGAUGGGGGGCCGAGGGGAGACGGUGUUUGUCAAAAAGUCGGUGGGACGGAACAAGCUGCUGCCUCAGGGGCUCGCCGUGUACGCGUCUCCGGAGAACAAGCAGAUGUUUGCGGAGGAGUUGAGGCUUUUGCGCGAGGGCACGAGCGAGGAACGGGUCCAAACCCGAACCGGACAACUGACAGUCGAUUACCUGAAGCGCUGCAAGUUGAACAUCAACAAAAUGCCGUCGGAGGACUUUAAGCUGACCAGUGAGGUUGUGAGGAGGCAGUUUCUUAAGAAGUUCGUCAUCGUGGUGCCUCCACAUGCCUUGAAGCUCCCGUUUGAGCCCAUCACAGAGUUGGGCGACUACUGGUGUGAAGUAACGGUGAACGGAAUGGACACGGUCCGCGUGCCCAUUUCCCUACUCCCCUACGAGGACCCGUCGGCCAGACAUCAGCGCUUCUUGAAAGCGCAGCGGCAGCAGCAGGCCGCCGAGAAAGACAUUUCGCCAGAUCUGGACCAGGACUCCCAGACUGCGACGAAUCCGGUCCGCGCCACGGCGCCGCCAAGUGACACCCGAGAAACGGAGUGAAGGACACGCACAAAAAAAAAAAAUGGACAGCCGUGGUUUGCUGGGACGCCAUUGUGAGGAACGCGUAGUGGGUGCAACAUUGGUCGAAUUAAAAAUGAUGCUCGCUUAAGUAAA